UGAGUCUCCGCGCGCUGUGGCAGCACUGAGGAGGCGGCCGGGGGCCGAGGGAAGCGCGGACCGCCCGCGCCGGGCCGGGCCGGGCCAUGGCGUUCCUGGCCGGGCCGCGUCUGCUGGACUGGGCCAGCUCGCCACCGCACCUGCAGUUCAACAAGUUCGUGCUGACGGGCUACCGGCCGGCCAGCAGCGGCUCGGGCUGUCUGCGCAGUCUCUUCUACCUGCACAACGAGCUGGGCAACAUCUACACGCACGGGCUAGCCUUGCUAGGCUUCCUGGUGCUGCUGCCGAUGACCAUGCCGUGGGGUCAGCUGGGCAAGGAUGGCUGGCUGGGGGGUACGCACUGUGUGGCCUGCCUGGCACCCCCCACAGGCUCUGUGCUCUAUCACCUCUUCAUGUGCCACCAAGGGGGCAGCGCUGUGUAUACCCGACUCCUUGCCUUGGAUAUGUGUGGGGUCUGCCUUGUCAACACCCUCGGGGCCCUGCCCAUCAUCCACUGCACCCUGGCCUGUAGGCCCUGGCUGCGUCCGGCUGCCCUGGUGGGCUACACCGUGCUGUCAGGUGUGGCUGGCUGGCGGGCCCUCACAGCUCCCUCCACCAGUGCCCGGCUCCGUGCCUUCGGUUGGCAGGCUGCUGCCCGCCUCCUGGUGUUUGGGGCCCGGGGAGUGGGGCUGGGCUCUGGGGCUCCAGGCUCCCUGCCCUGCUACCUGCGCAUGGAUGCGCUGGCACUGCUUGGGGGACUGGUGAACGUGGCCCGCCUGCCGGAGCGCUGGGGACCUGGCCGCUUCGACUACUGGGGCAACUCCCACCAGAUCAUGCACCUGCUCAGCGUGGGCUCCAUCCUCCAGCUGCACGCCGGUGUUGUGCCAGACCUGCUCUGGGCCGCCCACCACGCCUGCCCCCCAGACUGAGCCACCUCCUGCCCGCCAUGCCGGCCUCUCGACAGUCUUCUAGGACCAACAAUACCGUGCUUCACUCCUCCUGCUGGUCUUCGAGGGGCCGAAUGCCUGGAUGCUUCCAGCAAACAGGACUCCCCAGCUAGGAGACCUCAUCUGUUCGUCCAUUCGUCCCUGUGGACUCAUCUCUUCUACUCACACCUCGGAGCUCUGGCUUCCCCUCCCUGCCACCUUCUUUCAGGGUACUGUCCGUGUAGGCUAGAAGGAAACCUUUCCUUCCUAGGCCUCAGUUUAUCCUCUGUGACCUAUGAGGGUAUGGCCAGAGCAACUCCGGGGUCAUGUCUGGCUCUGACAGUUGGAAUCCUACCAGCCCAGAGCCAUGAGCCCACCCUGCCCAACACGUAAGGUACCUCAUGGGGGCCUUGCCCAGCCUCCAGCCCGUAUUCCUGACCUCUGUCUUUCUGCUCUGCAUACCAGCCCUCCCUGCAGCCUGAGGCUCACCCACCCCUUCUCCCUUCUGUCCGGAGACUGUGGAGUGAGGGGUUGGGGCAACAGGACUAGUCUCUUAUCCCAGGACCACGGGGUAGGAGGGCGGCUGCAGGUACUUUCUCCAGGCAGCUAGCACAGAGACAUAAAGAGCCGAGUGGCCCUGGACUCAGGGCCCCACUGGGCUGAGGGCCCCUCCCCACUUUGAGUGCCAUGCUCUGAUGGCUCGACCUACACAGUGGGGACGCGCCUGCUCAGGAAAUCUCUGCUCCACACGGCGCAUGGCUCCUACCUCCAGUCAGCUGGCUUGGGGCCUGCAUCAGGGCUCAGCCUCCGCCCACCCUGGGGCCACAUCAAUAAAAGGGGCAGGAAGCGCUGUGUUGCCCCACAAGCAAGCUUGGGUGCUCCCAAGAUUCAAAUACCUUUUAUUAGAUAUGGGUAGGCAGGAGGCACCUCUGGAGUUCCCAGAGGGACCCAGCCUCCAGGAGGAUUGGGGGGUGGCUAAAAGGUUA